AUGCUUUCGAGGGCAGCGAGGCCGGCUAUCCGGGCUGCGGCUUCGGCUCCUAGGGUCGUCGCCGGUGUGCCAAGCACAGCCGCUACCUAUGCCACCCUUCGAGAGAUCGAGGACCGCCUCAAGUCCAUCCGAAACAUCGAGAAGAUCACCAACACGAUGAAGAUCGUCGCCUCCACCAAGCUCAACCGCGCUCAGCGAGCCAUGGACGACUCCCGCAAGUACGGUAGCACCUCCAACGAGGUCUACAGCUCUGCCGAGACCGCCGCCAUCCCCGGAGACAAGAAGACCCUCCUCAUCGUCUGCUCUUCCGACAAGGGUCUCUGCGGUGGUAUUCACUCCGGUAUCAGCCGAACCGUCCGCCGCAUGUUCGCCGAGAACCCCAAUAGCUACGACCUCGUCAUCAUCGGUGAGAAGUGCAAGUCGCAGCUCAGCAGGACCAACGCCAAGGACAUCCAGUUCAGCAUUGCUGGUAUCGGCAAGGACAUCCCCACCUUUGCCGAUGCUCAGGCUAUUGUUGACCAGAUUCUUCUCCUUCCCAACGAGUACUCCGAGGUCAAGAUUCUCUACAACAAGUUCAUCAACGCCACGAGCUACGAGCCCACCUCUAUUGAGGCAUUUUCCGUUGAUGCCAUCACCCAGUCCCCCAACUUCUCCGCUUUCGAGGUUGAGGAGGAGCUCGUCCCUCACCUCAGGGAAUACGGCUUGGCCAACUCUCUCUACUGGGCUCUUGCUGAGGGCCAUGCUUGCGAGAUCUCUGCCCGACGAAAUGCUAUGGAUAACGCCUCCAAGAACGCUGGUGAGAUGAUCCAGAAGUACCAGAUUCUCUUCAACCGAACCCGUCAAGCCGUCAUUACCGGAGAGUUGGUGGAAAUUAUCACUGGUGCUACCGCCUCCGAGGACAUGUAA